AACAUUCACAACCGAAAGUAGUCGAAAGUAGUUAUGUGGACGAUGUUUAACCGAUAAAUCAGACCUUAUAGGUUGUUAUAGAUCAUUAUGGAUAUUCUACUUUAUUCUCUUCAGAUAAACAAACAAUAUUCUUCACAGUUCGUUCAGCAAACCUCAUCAAUGACUCACCUCCACCUGCUGAAGGUGCUUAAACGCUUGUUGUUUCCUAUAGUGAUCCUCGGGACAUCUUAAGACGAAAGUGAUGGCUGAGUCAAGAAUGACAGAGUCACCGCACCUUAGGAUUGUCCUGUUAGGCAAGACAGGCGUUGGGAAGAGUGCAUCAGGGAACAGCAUCCUGGGAAGAAAAGCGUUUCUGUCCAAACGGAGUUUAGUCUCUGUGACAAAAGAUUGUGCGGAAGAAAUGUGCGUAAUUAAUGGUCGUAAUAUCUCUGUGGUGGACACUGUGGGUAUUUUCAGCACUAACAGCUCUGGUGGACUGAUUGAGGCAGAGUGCAAGCGGGCCAUGGAAUCUCCUGUCCCCUGUAUUUUCCUUGUGGUAAUAAAAGUGGACAGGUUCACAAAGGAAGAGCAAGAAGCCGUGGAGAGAAUUGAAGACAUAGUUGGUAAAGAGGGAAUGGAAAGAAGCUGUAUCCUUUUGACACACGGUGACAUGGCAGAUGAGCUGACAGUGGAUGAAAUGAUUCAAGAAGAAGGAGCUGAAGACUUCCGUGAAGCAGUGAUGAAAUUCCAGGGGAGGUGCUCUCUGUUCAACAAUAAGAUUGAGAGUCGUGAUCAGGUUGACAAUCUCCUGACCAAACUAGAACCACUCCAAAGACUGGUGAGUACUGUAACAUGUUGUUCCUUGUUUUACAAAUUAGCUUUUUCUUCUUCAUCAGCUUCCAACAUGAAUUCAGAAAACACCACGGAGAGCUCAGCUGAGAGAAGAAUUGUGUUACUGGGCAGAAGUGGAGUUGGGAAGAGUGCAUCAGGAAACACCAUUUUGGGUCUGAGAGGAUCAGAGCAGUUCAGGUCUGACUGUAGCUUUAACUCAGUAACAGAAAAAAGCGAGGCCAAAUCAGCAGUAGUGGCAGGAAGGGAAGUCAAGGUGAUAGACACACCUGGCCUCUCCAAGGGGAAACACACUCAUCGGCAUGUGUUUAAUGAGAUGAUGAAGAGUUGCCUGCUCGCUGAAGAGGGGCUGCAUGCUUUUGUCUUAGUGAUUGAACUGGGCAGGUUUGAAAAGAAUGAUGAUGAUGAGAUCAUUUACUUACUCAAAAAGGCAUUUGGUAAGGAGGCCUUAAAAUAUGCAGUGGUUCUUUUCACACGUGGUGAUAGACUCAGCAGCCAAAACAUUGAACAAAAUAUACAGGCAAACGAGGAUCUUAAAAAUCUUGUGGAAAUGUGUGGUGGCAGAUACUGUAUCUUCAACAACACAUCCAUGAACAACGAACGGCAGGUUAGGGAGUUGUUUACCAAGGUAGAUGAGAUGGUACAAGUCAAUGGUGCUACAGCCUAUGUUGGUGAGAUUGUCGGCAUAGCGCGCACUAUCAUGCGAGAACAAAGAGAGACCACUACAGAUAACAGCGAUAGGCGGAGUACUGCCUGGAGACGCUUUUGCGACUGGUUGCGCGCCAUCUGGGUAGCAAUGCGUGAAUCUUUUACACGUUUUUUGGAAAACACCAUCAUCCUUGCCGGAACAUUUCCCCACAAACCUGCCCACAAUUACAGCGAUCUUUCACAAACGCGCUAAUUCACAGGUCAUUUUAAUCAUCUGGAAAUAUUUACAGACAAUUGAGGAUACAUUUUAAAGGUUAUUUUCGAGGUACCCAUGUUGCUCUAGAUACUUGUUAGUGGAUAGAACAAAAUAUGGGGCGGCAGGGUAGCCUAGUGGUUAGAGAGUUCGACUAGUAACCGCAAGGUUGCAAGUUCAAAUCCCAGCGCUGACAAAUCUAUUGUUCUGCCCCUGAACAGGCAGUUAACCUGCCGUCAUUGUAAAUAAGAAUUUGUUCUUAACUGACUUGCCUAGUUAAAGGUAAAAAAAAUUAAAUAUAAGAGUUGUACAAAUUUUGCUGCAGGACUAGACUACCAGGGCAGUUGUAAUCGGAGAUUGCAGGACUAUCAGGGCAGGUGUAAUCGGGAGGGAUUAGAUGUGGAGAAGGAUGCGACUGAACAAACUAUCACGUGUUAAUGUGUAAGAAUGAAUGACAUCACACAUCCCUCAAAUAAUCUGUCUCAUUUAUUAAUAACAGAGGUGUUCCAAGGUGUUCAGAGUGCCAAGGUGUUCCAUCUCAUUUAUUAACAGGGGGCCAAAGUGUUCCAUCUCAUUUUUUAACAGAGGGCCAAGGUGUUCCAUCUAAUUUAUUAACAGAGGGCCAAGGUGUUCCAUCUAAUUUAUUAACAGAGGGCCAAGGUGUUCCAUCUAAUUUAUUAACAGAGUGCCAAGGUGUUCCAUCUCAUUUAUUAACAGAGUACCAAGGUGUUCCAUCUCAUUUAUUAACAGAGGGCCAAGGUGUUCCAUCUCAUUUAUUAACAGAGGGCCAAGGUGUUCCAUCUCAUUUAUUAACAGA